ACUACCCCCUCCCCAGCCCGUCCUCCACUUCCAGCUCGCACUGGUAGGGUCUUUCCUCUGAAACCCCUGCCUUGCCCGGAUUCCGCACCCCGCCAGGACCACGGGCCGCCCCGCCCCCGCCACGGCGGGCUCCGUUCCAGGUCCCGCAGCCCCACGCCUCGCGGCCGCCGGGGCCCAGUCUUUCGCGGCUUCUCCGUGAGGCCGGCUUCCGGUGGGGCAGGAGCGUCUCCGCGGCGGCCCGGCGCCGGCGCGCUCAGCAACGCCAACGGCAGUCAGAUGCAGGCGGAACGAGGAGUCCGGGGCGGCCGUGGGCGGCGGCCCCACCGCGACCGGCACGGCGGGGACCGCGACCGGGAUAGGGCGGGGGCCGCCGUGGCGGUAGCGAGAGACUGUGGCGGGGACGGCGGCGGCGGUGGCCGCCGGGGCCGCGGUCGGGGCUUCCGCAGCGGCCGCGGAGGCCGUGGAGGAGGCGGCCCGCGAGGUGGCCGCCGGGAGCCGAGAGGCCGGGGCGCCCCAACCACCGCGCCGGUUGAAGAUGACAGUGAUGCAGAGAACUAUGGAGAAGAGAAUGAUGAACAGGGAAAUUAUUCUAAAAGGAAGAUUGUCUCUAACUGGGAUCGAUAUCAAGAUACUGAAAAAGAGGUCAAUAAUGACAGUGGGGAAACACAGCGGGGGACAGAUUUCAGUGUCCUCCUUAGCUCUGCAGGGGACUCCUUCUCACAGUUUCGGUUUGCUGAGGAGAAAGAAUGGGAUGGUGAAGCUUCAGAUCCAAAACAGAAUUCGGCUUUUUAUGUGGACUGUGAGUCAUUGGUUCAAGCCCUUCAAGAACUGCCUCUUUCACUCCGACUCAAUGUUGCUGCUGAAUUAAUCCAGACCACAGUUCCUUCAGAGCUUCCACAGGUGAAACCAAAGAGAACUGAUGACGGCAAGGGCCUAGGGAUGCAGUUAAAAGGACCAUUGGGGGCUGGAGGAAAGGGGUCUGUGCCCGAGCUGAAAUCCAUGUACUUGGAUAAAGACAGCCCAAGACCGGGUCUUCCAAAUGAUUCUCAGAAACCUGCCGCCUCGCCGCAAUCAGUGGCAGACCAUUUGGAAGAAGAACUAGAUCUGCUGCUUAAUUUAGAUGCACCUGCAAAACAGGGAGCUAACAUCCUACCCAAUCAGACAUCUCUAGACCUGAAAUCUGAGGAGGAUGGGAAGGUGGCUCAAGAGGAAAAAGUUCCUGCAAAACCACCUGUGGUGGAAGAAAAGAAUGUGGAAGCUGAACAACCAAGUACGUCAAAAAGUGUUACUGAGGAAGAGCUUGAAGACUGGUUGGACAGCAUGAUUUCCUAAAAAAAAAAAAAAAAAAGUGCCUGAAGCAAUUUUGGUUGCCUUG